AUGCUUAGUAACGACGAGCUAGAAAUAAGAAGGUACUUAAUAUAUAACGUAAAUAAGAACUUAUUUAAUAGCGAGGGUAAUAAGUCUUAUCGUUUUAAUAUAUCUAACGUUAAAUUUAGUAAAAACUUAGAUUUAUUGAAAAGAGGGAAUGUAGAUAACGAUUAUAGUAAUUUAGACGUCUUAGAUAAAAGUUACGGGCCUAGUAUAGAAAAAGACGAUAGUAAUAUAGAGUAA